CUGACGCAUUCGAUCAGCCAACAGAGCUGCCAGCCAGCCUAGCACUUGGUCCGAAUUUAGUAUUGAUUCUCCGGCGUCGCGUGUUGUUUGUUCGCGAGCACGUCUCGAGAUUCGCCGGCCAUUAAACCGCAUUGCGUAUAAAUAGUAAAGUGCCAGAAACAUUUAUGCAGUUUUGCUAGUAUCUAUAAAGACUUUUAUAUAUGUACAUAUGUCUGUAUGUAUGCAUUAACCAAUAAGCUUAGUACACUCUUAGCGAAGCACGGGGAUCAAGUAUUAUUUUUGCUACGCAUUUUAAGCAUCAGUAUGAAAAUGACUUCCCCGCUCGCACUUCGUAAUUUGCCUUCAACGAUGUGGGCCACACUCUUCCUAUGGCAAAUGCUGGAAAACGUGCAUCACACAUUUGCUGGCAAACAAUACGAGCACAUCUCGCACUACAACACGCCCGUCGUGCAACACUGCUCAGCGAUAGAUGUUAAGGAUAAAAUUUUGGAGCUGCAAUGCUAUGCCAAAUGCGCAGCCGAUGGUAUGCGACCAGUGGCAGAAGAUCCGCAAAUCUGCUUUCAACAAUGCCGUUCAACAAUUUACCGUGAACCGCGGCGCGGCUCCUGCCCAAAUAAGCUGAAUUUCUCAAUUCAAGAAAUCACGCCAAUGCAGCGACUAUCUUGUCUCGGCAGUUGUAUGUACGAUUCAGAUUGUCCUGUCGUACAAAAAUGCUGCGACAUUGGCUGCGGGCCUGGCUGUGUCGACGCGCUCGGUGUGCGUGAUGAUGUGCUGCUGCCGCCAAUACCAAGAAUUUUGAAAUAUAAAGUGGCGCGUGGAAAUAAAGUGGAAAUCACCAUAGAGUCAUCGGCAAAUUCCACCUACUACUGUCAUGUGGAAGUGCGUUACCACUUUGGUGUCUCCUUCGCUCCGCGAAAGCUCAGUGCAUGGCAAUGCCAGUUGGUGGAAAAGAUUGCGGAGGUUGCAGUAGCGCGCAGCAAAAGAAUUGAUAUCUCUUUUAAUUUGAAACCGGGCCAUUGGUAUCAAGCGCGUGUGGCAGCAAUCAAUGCCUACGGCUUCCGCGGCUAUUCUGAGCCUUCCGAGGAAUUUCGUUUAACGCACCAUCCCAAACCGCCCAAGUCACCUGCGGACUUGCAAGUGGUCGCUGGAGGGUUUGAUGGCCGGCACUACAAGGUGAAAAUCUUAUGGUGUCCUUCGAAAUCGAAUUUGCCUAUUGAAAAGUAUAAAAUCAUAUGGUCACUUUACGUAAGAAACAAAGACGAAUCCGUCAUCACAAAUGAGGCUUAUGUCAAGGACAAUCACAAUUUCGAAAUCGCUGAACUUUUACCCGACUCCAGUUACUACAUACAAGUGCAGUCCAUGUCCAUUAAUGGCAGUCGUCGCUUGAAAUCCGACAAGAGUUCCAUACUUUACAACACCACCCAACCACCAGCACCGUACAAACCACUCAAGUGUUCGCAUCAAAAUCACGAGCAUGCCCAGCAAAAUAGUGACACUACAAGGAGCAGCCACCUAACAGAGAUCAAUGCCAAUCAAAAUGUGCGCAUAUUGGGUGCAACAACAACAACAACACCCACGGCGUUGGCAGCAAAUGUAUCGGCGUCUAGAGGAUAUGAAGUAAAUUAUCGUUUCAAUCGCAAAUUUGGUAUGAUUGUGCAAAUAACGGGAUUUCUGCCGUACAAAGAGAGAGUUUACGAGCUCUGUGCAAAAGAGACCAAUUGUGAGCAACGGGAAUACAGCGCCAUUCGUGUAAAGCAAGAUUCAAUAGAAUUUAAUAAACUAAAAUUCAACACUUCUUACGUGCUGAAGGCUUACAGAACCAACGCCUUGAGUGCUGAGUCAGCAACAACAGCGAAUGGAUCUUUCUUAUUCACGACGCCAAAAUGUGAGAACUUCAAGAAACGAUUUCCUAAAAUGCCGAUAAAGUGUUGAUCUUAGCACUGAUUUAACUAACUAACGGUAAAGAUAUCCUUUAGUUUCUAAAUAAAUAAAUAAAAAACUCGCAUAAGCAACAAUAUUUGGUUAUAAGAAAAGAAAGCAGAAAUCAUCAAAUAAUGUGCCAAAAACUUAAUUUCGUUUAACCCAUUAUACGACUGUAGUUUCAUUAAUUAUACUAAGUAAAAAUAAAGUAAAUGCACAUAAUUAUCAGACUGCUGUUAA